UGUCGCUGCCGCUGAAAGGACAAACGUACGGGUCAGACAGGCUCAGUGAUGCUGCAGGAGCAGGCCCAGGUUAUUGGGCCUCAGCCAGGCAUGGGACCUGGUGGCCUCCUGGAGGUAGACGUCACGGCUUCAGGAAGCUGUUAAAGUCAUCGAGGAAGGGCUACCGUGGUGUGUGUCUUAGCCGUCAUGACUGUGAUCCAAUGACAACAGUGCCGAUUUGUAUACUGAAUUCUUAUCCACCUUUUUGUUUGUGCAGGGGCACGCUGAGUAUGGCUGUGGCUCUUUAUGUCUUGUGACGUUUUGGAUGAGUCAUCUGGGGAAGGAGCAGUAUUUUCUUUGAGUAUUGACUGCUUGUCCUUCUGUCUGUAAGCGAAGCUGGGGGCUAUAAGUUUGGGGUCCGAGGCCCUGCCGAGAGGCACAGCUGACUUUGUCAUCGACUCCGUGGGUGUGCCUCCCUCCUGCGCCAUUUUGAUAGUAUUAUCUGCUAGUUUCUGCUGUGAAGCGGUGUUGGAGGAAAUGUAAGAUACGUAAGGGAGCGAGUCCGGGGGAGGGGAGAAUGUUUUUUGCCACUUUUCAAUGUAUGGUUUAGUUGACGUUCUUGGAGUAACUUAGACUCCUGUGCUGCUGGGCUGGGGGUGAGGCUUUUCUGCCUUAGGAGACAUAGCAGUUUGUGGCAGGAUUUCUCACGCUGAGCUUGGUCAGCAGUUGGGGUUAAAUAAUUCUUUGCUGUGGAGAGCUGCUAUAGGAUGUUAAGCAGCGUCCUUGGGUUCUUCAAAUAGAUAAAACACACACACACACAGUGCUGCAGCCACCUGUUUUAAUGGAUACCAGUAAACACACACACACUACUGUAGCCACCUCUUCUGGUAGAUACCAGUAAACACUUUCUCUCUCUCCUCCCUAAGCCAAAACUAUCAAAGACACUGGCACAAGUCCCCUGGGCUGCAAACGUAACGCCGGCUGAGAACCGUUGCCUUAUGCACACCUCACAACUGACCUGCUGCAUGGUUAGGACGAACUUGCUCCCACCUGGCUUUUGCCUGCGUUGCUGUGCUCCGCUCAGCUAAUUAGGCCGUGUUGCCAAGUGCAAGGUGGAAUCCGUAGGGACUAGGGCGGAGCUGGAGUCAGGUGUGGCUCUGGGCUGUGGCGGAGGUCGGCUCCCCAGCUGGCUGUGUUUUCCCCAGUGGCUCUUGAUUAGGCUGCCAGACGCCGCUGCUGACGGAAAGGUGCGCCCACAGCAGCACCCAGCACCCAUCAGGUACAGUCAGUCUCACAGCUUGAAGUCCAUGGCCCAAAAUGACUCUGCCAGUGGAGACGCUCGUCCUUGAAGAAGAUCACCGGGUCGGAGGCUGGGAUGAGCAUGCCACUGCAGCCGCGCUCUGCCAUUCCAGCCCAGGGUGCUGCCUCUGCUCGCGUCUACACAAGUAAGACCAAAGAGAAGGAGAGGCAGGAACAGAAUGAGAAGACUUUGGGACAUUCCAUGAGUCAUUCAAGCAACGUUUCUAAGGCCGUGAGUCCUCCGUCGGCCUCAGCUCCAGUCUCUGCCUUCUCUCGCACUUCGGUCACGCCGUCCACCCAGGACAUCUGCAGUUCCAGUGCAGUGUUUUCUGAGUGUUGUCACCACAGUCCCGUGCAGUCUGCCGUUGUCUUGAAAGCUCCUCCAUGCCGGAGUUCUCUGACACCAGGGCUCCCUGUGACAGUUCUCUGUAAAGACACAGUACAGGCGCCCAAGCGAGAUGCCUUUGGUUCGGAAUGGGCGCAGGCCCUAAAGCCCACUAGGAACACGAGAACAAGAAGAGCACUGAAAUUCUCCAAGUCCCUGAACGAUGUUGGGGAGAAGGCCCAGGAUGUGCCGGCAAGUUUGGACUACGCGGAGAGAACCUGCUCGGAAGGCCGACUGACACUCCCUCAGGGCCCCUGUCUCGGGAUGAGCGGGUUCCCUCUCAAGGACCGGAGGACGCCCAGCCACAGGCUGCGGGCCGCUCCCUGGCGCUCCUGCUUUUCAUCCCUGUCUGCCUCUGAGGGGGAUGCCGGCAAGGGCAGUGUGCGUGUCCCACUCCUGGAUGAGCCGGCAGACGGCCAGGCUGCAUCACGCAGCCGGCGGCUGCUCCGCUACCUGCUGUCGCUGUCCCGCGGCUCGAGCGCCAGCAGUCUGCACAGGUUCCAGGAGCUGGAGAGCUGUGUCCUUGCCCCGCGCACCGCCAAGGCCUCCAGCGGGCUGGCUGGGAGCACGGGCUUCUGCUCUGACGACAUGGGGGACGACGAUGUCUUUGAGGACAGCACAUCCAUCAGGCUGACGGGUGGGGUCGUGCGGGCCCCCCUGUGUUCCGUGGAAAAGGACAGUGACCUCGACUGUCCUUCCCCCACUCCUGAGAAACGGCCCCUCGCGUCUCCUGUGUCCGCAUCAGGGGAUGCCUGCAGGAUCUGUCACUGCGAGGGAGACGACGAGAGCCCCCUCAUCACCCCCUGCCACUGCACGGGGAGCCUGCACUUCGUGCACCAGGCCUGCCUGCAGCAGUGGAUCAAGAGCUCGGACACACGCUGCUGUGAGCUCUGCAAGUACGAGUUCAUCAUGGAGACCAAGCUGAAGCCUCUGAGGAAGUGGGAGAAGCUGCAGAUGACGGCCAGUGAGCGCCGGAAGAUCAUGUGUUCCGUGACGUUCCACGUCAUCGCCAUCACCUGCGUGGUCUGGUCAUUGUACGUGCUCAUCGACCGCACCACCGAGGAGAUCAAGCAGGGGCAGGUCACAGGGAUCCUGGAGUGGCCCUUUUGGACUAAACUGGUGGUCGUGGCCAUUGGCUUCACUGGGGGGCUGCUCUUCAUGUACGUUCAGUGCAAAGUGUAUGUGCAAUUGUGGAAGAGGCUCAAGGCCUACAACAGAGUGAUCUAUGUGCAGAACUGCCCAGAAACUAGCAAGAAGAGUAUUUUUGAGAAAUCGGCACUAACAGAGCCCAACUUGGACACCAAGGAUGGACGUGGAGCCUGUCGUUCCGACACAAACUCUUCCUGUUGCUCAGAACCCGAGGACAGUGGGGCAGAAGUUCUCCACGUCUGACCGUGCGCGCCUGCAGAGGCUGCCAUCUGCCCGGAGCUGCUGGCCGUGGCUCGCUGCCCGUCGUGCCCUUUUCUUACGGCCUUCAAUAGCCUAGACUGCCGGGCACGUGACUGCUGUUGGCGGCUCCUCUCUCCGAACCCUCCUCCGGGAAGCCCUCCUGUGAGCAGGACUGGGCCGGGUCCCCUCUGCUGAGGCUGCUAUGUGGAAGGGAAGGUCAAGACCACACUGAGCCAUCCUGGGGGCCAGGUGGAGUUACCCAUGGGUCCAGGCAGGAGGAGGGAGGAACACGCCAUGCCUGAUGGCCGAGUCUGGGUACCGGACCAGGCCCUGGGCACGGCCGGCCCUUCCCGCACUGGGAAUGGUGGGAGAGAAGGGAGGGGGAGGGAGGCCCCUCCAGGCACGUGCUCCUGCCCACGGGCCGGGCCUGGCGCUCUGUGUCUGCCAGUGCGUGCUGUGCUAAGGAGACAGCACUUUACAGAAGGGAUACGUGCAUCCGGAAGGACCAGCACUUCACGUUGCACCCAGAAGCCUUCCCUUUGUCACCGUCUUGUUCAGUUUACGUCCUGGUAGGUGCACAGCCCUCUCUGCCUUACGUGUUCUAAGAGGAUGGAGAGCAAACGUGGAAGAGACCCAUGGGGUGAGGUUUUCCUCGGCAGGUGUCCGCUGGGGCCGUGGAUGCUGCGCAGCGAGUACUUGGGGCUUUGAAGCUGCUCUCCGAUGAGUCGUUACCUCAGACACAUGUGCUGUGUACUUGCUCUUUGUGGUCAGUGCUGGAGGCAGGGGCUUUGAGGUCUGUGUGGAAGGGGACCGAGGGUUUGGAAAACGCUCUCACAGGUAGACCUGCAGGUGGCGCUGGCCACACGUGGCUGCUCCCACACUUGCCUCCUGCUGACUUGUAUGUGGAGUCCUGGCCGAGGGCUGAGGACCCAGGGGCCACCUCUGCCAUGUCCCUAGCCCAACACCCACCUGCCCGUUGCCUUAAUUGGACUGAACAGUGAGGGGUCUCAGCCCCACUCGUGGUCUGUUCUCUUCAGGGAUUACCUUCUGUACUUUUUUUUUCUUCUGAAACAACAGAACCCAAAGCAUCCCCAUCAAAUGGCCUCUGUCCCUUUGGGAACUCUGAGGAAGUUCUCCUUCACCCCCAGUUCCAUAGGGCUACGCAUCCAGCCCCUGGAAGAGACCAAGGACCUGAGGGCCUCCAUGAGCCUGGCCUUGGCCAGUGGAAGCCCUAGCCUUGGGUUUUGAGAGCCAGGGGGAGUAGGGUGGCCUCUGCACUCACAGACUCUAGUCUGUAGAGCUGCCCACCACGUCAGGACCCUCCCCAGACCAAGCAGGUGCCAUGCUGUCGCAGCCGGCUCCCAAGCAGCCUGUCCCUCCCCGUUCUCCCUAGGCGGUGUCUGUGCUGACUGUGCCCCAAGUGCAAUUACCCACGUCCCUUCUCACCUGGGGAUACCAGGCAGCCUCAGACUUGCCCGUUCUGGUUGGCUGGCUCCCAGCACAGCCGUGCCUGUAGCCCUUAGCAACUCUGUGCACUGCCUCAUCACCCUCUGACAGUGAAGGCCACAAUGGAUUUGUUUAAAGUAUGAGCCCUCCUCCCUCUAACUCUCUUCUCCCCCAACCCGAAAAGUUCGGAAUAGCUUUCCCUGGACUGCGGAAGCCCUGAGGCUUUGCGCUUCGUGGAGACAGCCCUGGCAAGGCCGGCACUGCUUUAGAGCUGAGGUGCCCCCGGAUCCUCCUCUCCCUCCCGGGUCCAGCCAGGCAGGCCUGUGAAGGCUUCUCCUUUCAGUUCCAGAAGGCCUGACCCCUUUGCCUCCUUGCCCCUACCGUCCGCAUCCACCUCCCGUUGGCCUCUCUCCUCGCCCUCAGAUCCCUGCAUCUGUGGGGGAGGCAAAGGCCGGCAAGGGCUGCCCUGGUAACAGCUGCAGGUCUACCUGCUCCUGGGGGCUGCCUGUGUUCACCCACAAGGUGCCUUUGAGGGGCUGCUGAGUCCCCAUGUGCCCCGCACCUUGCAUUGCCAUUUCUGUGAGAAAAUGGUGUCUGGCAGACCAGGUAGAAACCAGGGCAAGGUCUUGGGGGUCUCGGGAUCAGGAGGGGGGAGGGAGAGCUGUCCCAGGGGUGUCAGCAGCCAGCCACCUAGAUGCUGUUCUCACACACUGGCCACCAGCUGCAGGCUGGCCUCUGCGCUCAUGUCUGCGGCCUGUGGAGGUCUCUGCCUGCACCAGGCUUCUGACGCCUUUCUUUUUCUUGGUCCUGCCCCCGUUGUCUUCAACAGUGUGGGCCUGGUUUCCAAACCCACCUGUGAUUGCCUGGGCGGCGUGGGCAGGUGGGGUGCACCGUAGGGGUUAAGGAUCCUCCCCGCCCCCCCAUGGCCUGGGGGGCGUGGCUCUCUGCAGGCACGUUGGAAACCUUCCUAUGCCUGGUGGUGGGUUUGAGUACCUCCAUGUGCGCCCCUGGGGCAGGCAGCCCCACCGGGAGACAGGAGCCUCCUCCCUGGCUCAAACAUGCGUCUGGUCGGUACACCUGGCAGCCCAGUGUUUCCAGAAGGUUGACUUUUUCAAAACCAAAUUCACACUGGCCCAUGCGGCAUAGUUCUAAAAGACACUUCACACUGGGAAUUUUUUUCUCGCGUUUCUAGCAACCUAAAUGUCUAGUUUUAUAUUCUCCCGUGUGUGUGCAGUGUGUCUCUGUAUCCUGGUGAAUAACUCUGUGUGUGUGUGUGUGUGUGUGUGUGUGUGCGCGUGGGGGGCGGGGCGGGGGCCGCGUGUGUGGUGACACGUGGGGAUGCCCAAAUGCAGCAAUAAAGCUCGUCUUUCUAAAGCGG